UCCCUCAACGGCUUUUUCCAAAAUCUGAAACAAGCUACAUUCUUCUUGUAUUAGUCUGUACAACAAGCUUGUUUCCAGCUCAGACAACCCCAACACACAUGCAAUCAACUGCAAGUCGACACCAUGCUUUCACCGGCGUCAAACGCCAUUUUCCGUCUUCCAGAAGAGCUUCGUAGUGAAGUACUCUCUUACUGCAGCUCGUCCACAGUCUUAAACCUCUGUCUUGCCUCCAAAGCUCUUCAUGCCGUUUUUAUCGAUUCUAUAUAUCAUACCAUCGACCUCAGUACUCACAAUGAAGGCAAAUGGGGAAUUCACUAUGACUAUAUCAACGUCAUGUUGCCAGAUGACCAUGUCAAGCGGACUCUAACAGAUCGGGACGUAUCCGUUCUCCUCCGACAGGAGAAGCUCAUCUCCAGACUAAAGAAGCAUCCUGAACUUGGUUCCAAAACACGUGUGCUUCGAUGGACUCUAAUGGAUAACACAGCUUUUGAUGGAGUAUUGUUCGUUGAACCCAGCCAUUGGACUGAUGUCCUCUGGACAACUUUCAAAUGCUUCUCACAUGUUAUAGAGAUAGAUCUCGCUUUCAUGACCAGAUAUCGCGAACAGACCGAACCUCCUCCUCUAUUUAGGACUGCCACGUCAAUCAGUCUAGCAGGGUUAAUGUCUCACGACGUCGUUGCCUCUAUUCUGUCGUUUAUCGACCCAUCCAGACUUCGUCACCUGAAAUUGAACAACCUCCAAACCUUCGCCGACCCGCCCCAUAUUCUAAAUACUCUUCAACCGGAAGAGAUUCAGUUACACCAACGUGACCGUCCAGGUGCCAUACAAGGCUAUCUCUCUACCCUCACCGGCCGCUGCCCAACUCUCUGCUCCCUCCACAUCUCAACCACCGGUCAAUUCCUUGACACAAAUAUCUCCAGGACUGGUCCGUCCGUUCUGGGAAACCAAGAAUUCCAGGACGGAAAUAAUCAAUACAUUGAGAUUGCCGCGUUCCUCGAAUCCGUAAAGGGAACACUCAGGGAGUUUGUCUUCGAGCACGGCCCUGAUUUUGAACUCUUUCAUAUCUCGCCCACCAAUCCCACGUGGCUGCCAUACUCUGGGUUAUCUUUAAGUGACCCACUUCCAAUGGAUGUCUUUUUCGAUUCACACAUCUUACCAGUGAUCUCCUCGGGACCUUGGCCGAAGUUGCAACAAAUGUUUGUGAGAGGAGUCGGACAGUGGAAGCCGAUAGAUCCCUGGCAAGAGACGUCUGGGCUAGAGGAAGUCGCAUAUUUACAUCGUAAGAUUAAAGAGUUUCAUUCUCGCGCGGAGAUGAUCUGGAAUGCCGUUGAUAGGAGCAAAGCUGAAGUAGUUGUUGAGGACGAGGCGAGCAGGCCAUUCUAUCGGCUUCGAGCGGAUACGAGGCGUAAUAUGACCGGUGCUCGAGACUGACGAGACAGUGGGAUUUUUAAAGCCCCUGUGUGUUAGCGCGUACCGCGUGACAUGGGAGGUUAGAUUUGGUGCCUUAUAUUAUGCCGCCGUCUCUGUUAGCCCAGACUCAGGCAAUGCUGGGUCUAGGGAAUUGAGUGUGUCGCUAGUGCCCCUGAAGCGAUAUAUUCCUAUCAAACUUUAUUGCCUGACAA